AUGGUCACUGGGAUUAAACCACAUGUUCCAAUGGCAAAUCUUCCGAGUAAGGCAACCCUUGACCGCAAAGGAACCUUUAAGGUUGAAUAUCUUCAAGAGAUAGAAAAUAAAGUUCAGGAGCGAUGGGUUCGAGAGAAGAUUUUCGAAAUAGAAGCGCCGGAUGACGGAAAAGAAUAUGAGAAGUUUUUGUGCACUUUUCCUUUUCCAUAUAUGAACGGACGCUUACAUCUCGGGCACACAUUUUCAUUAUCAAAAUGUGAGUUUGCCACCAGAUACUACAGGUUAAAAGGGAGAAAGGUUCUCUUUCCAUUCGGUUUCCACUGCACCGGAAUGCCUAUCAAAGCAUGCGCUGAUAAGCUUAAAAGAGAAAUGGCAUUAUAUGGAUGCCCACCGACCUUUCCCGAUGACAAUGUUAUAGAAGAAAAGGAACAAGGGGAUAUUGUCCCUAAAGAUAAAAGUAAAGGCAAAAAAAGCAAAGCCGUAGCUAAGACGGGAGCCGCUAAGUAUCAGUGGCAGAUAAUGCAGAGUAUUGGAGUUCCCAAUGAGGAAAUUAAGGAGUUUGCUAAUGAGAGUUACUGGCUUGAGUACUUUCCACCUCGUGCUGUAGAUGACUUAAAAAGGAUGGGAAUCCAUGUUGACUGGCGUAGAAAAUUUAUAACAACAGAUGCAAAUCCAUUCUACGAUUCAUUUAUCAGGUGGCAAUUUCAUCAUCUCAAACAACGGAACAAGAUUAUGUAUGGCAAACGCUAUACUAUAUUUUCUCCGUUGGAUAAGCAACCUUGUAUGGACCAUGAUAGAAGUACUGGUGAAGGAGCUGGGCCACAGGAAUAUACACUUAUUAAAAUGGAAGUUUUGGAGCCUUUUUCUGAAGUUUUAAAACAAUUUCAGGGUAAGACCUUAAGUUUUGUAGCGGCCACACUUCGGCCUGAAACUAUGUAUGGUCAGACAAACUGUUGGGUCCAUCCUGAAAUUAAGUAUAUUGCAUUUGAAACUGUCAAAGACGGUGUAUUCAUAUGUACGAGGAGAGCAGCUCGGAACAUGUCAUAUCAAGGAUUUACUGAAAAAGAUGGCGAAUAUAAAAUCAUCGCUGAAAUUGUAGGGCAGGAUCUACUAGGUGUGGCUUUGAAAUCUCCAUUUACUUGCUAUCCGAAAAUUUACUCACUUCCGAUGUUAACGAUAAAAGAGGAUAAAGGAACGGGAAUCGUUACUAGUGUACCGUCCGACUCUCCUGAUGAUUACGCCGCAUUGGUUGAUCUCCAAAAGAAAGCCCCGUUCAGAGAGAAGUACGGCAUCCAAGACUAUAUGGUCAUGCCAUUUAAGCCUGUCUCCAUAUUAGAAAUACCUGAGUUCGGUAACCUCACAGCUGUAUUCCUAUAUGAUAAACUAAAAAUCCAAAGUCAAAACGAUAAGGAUAAAUUGACUCAGGCGAAAGAAAUGGCGUAUCUCAAAGGAUUUUACGAUGGCGUACUCUUGGUCGGUGAUUACAAAGGCGAGAAAAUACAGGAUGUUAAGAAGAAACUGCAACAGAAGCUGAUAGAUGAUAACUCUGCUGUAAUUUAUUACGAACCGGAAAAGACAAUAAUGUCCAGAUCUGGUGAUGAAUGCGUUGUCGCACUGUGCAAUCAAUGGUAUUUGGAUUAUGGUAAUGAAAAAUGGAAGGGCCAAGCUGAAAAAUCUUUAGCCGGAAUGAACAUGUAUCACGAUGAAGUAAGGAAAAAUUUCCAAGCUACUCUUAAAUGGCUUCAUGAAUAUGCUUGUUCCCGUACCUACGGUCUCGGCACCAAAUUGCCUUGGGACACACAAUGGGUCAUUGAAUCGCUCUCUGACUCAACUAUAUACAAUGCGUACUACACUAUAUCCCAUUAUCUACAAGGCGACAGCUUUAGAGGCAAUGUCGAAAAUGAACUGAAAAUUAAACCCGAAGAGAUGACGAUUGAGGUCUGGGAUUAUAUUUUCUUCAAAGACGCUCCCAUACCUAAGAACACGAAGAUAUCCAAAAAUAAAUUAGAAUUGAUGAAAAAAUCUUUCCAAUUCUGGUAUCCAGUAGACCUCAGAGCAUCUGGAAAGGAUCUCAUUCAGAACCAUCUGACGUUCUUUAUCUACAAUCACUGUGCUAUAUGGGAGAACGAAGAAGACAAAUGGCCAAAAGGGAUCCGAGCAAAUGGUCAUCUCAUGUUAAAUUCAGCUAAAAUGUCAAAAUCUGAUGGAAACUUCUUAACACUCUCUGAGAGUAUCGACAAAUUCAGUGCUGAUGGAAUGAGACUGACUCUAGCUGACGCCGGAGACUCUGUUGAAGAUGCUAACUUUGUUGAAAGUACAGCUGAUGCGGCUAUUUUAAGACUUUACACUUUUAUUGAAUGGGUGAAGGAAGUCAUGGUCACUAAAUCUAAUUUCAGGACAGGAGAGUACAAUUUCCAUGAUAAAGUAUUUGUCAGUGAAAUGAACACUAAAAUUAUUCAGACUGAUGAUAAUUACAAAAAACUGCUGUUUAAGGAGGCAUUGAAAACUGGUUUCUUUGAGCUUCAGGCUGCCAGAGAUAAAUAUAGGGAGUUGUGUUCCGAGGGAGGCAUGCAUGAGAGCCUAAUAACACAGUACAUUAGUACCCAGGCGAAACUCAUUUCGCCAAUAUGCCCACAUGUCGCUGAACAUGUCUGGGAACUACUUGGUAAUAAAGGUAGUAUUCUUCAUGAAAGAUGGCCAGUUGCUGGAGAAGUGGAUGAGAUAGCGGUGAAAGCGAGCAAUUACUUAAUGGAGGCUGCUCACUCCUUCAGAGUUUAUCUUAAAAAUCAUUGUGCUGUCAAAAAGCCAAAGAAAGGAGAAGUCGUCAAACAAGAGCCUAAACCAAACAAAGCUGUUAUUUGGGUGGCCAAGGAAUAUCCUAAAUGGCAACAUAUUAUUUUGAGCACUCUUAAAGAAAUGCAUGGACCAAAUGGUCUUCCCGACAAUAAAACAAUAUCAAGCAAGUUAGCAGAAAUAAAUGAUCUGAAAAAGUAUAUGAAGAGAGUGAUGCCGUUUGUUCAAGCGACCAGAGAGAAUAUAGAACGUGUUGGCCUUGAAGCUCUCCGUGUGGGGUUGGCCUUUGAUGAAGCGGCUGUGCUACAGGAUAAUGCGCAGUAUUUAAGAGAUACCCUCGAUCUAGAGUACAUAGAAAUAAAAUUGGUAGACGAGGACGCUCCAGAGCGUACUCGUACGGAAUGCGCUCCAGGCUCACCUCACGCUAGCUUCUUCACACAUGUGACCCCGGCGGCGGAUGUCGUGUUACUGAACCCCGACCAGCGCUCGGGGCUGUUCACAGUUAGUCUCAAGUUAGGAGAGAGGGAAACACUUGAUACCCUUAAGGAGAAGUUGGCGAAACAAGUCAAGGGGAUACGAGACAUGGAUGCACUUAAAAUUUGGCGAUACAAGGACCCAAUCCUAGGACCGCGAAAGAUUCCCGUCAUAGGAGAUUACGUCACCAAGUGUGUUGUUUUAGAAGCCGGUUCUGCGUUCAAUGUUGACAUUGACAAGAACAGAAUUGAAUUGGUUAAUAACGGAACCAAUAUUAAUGUAGGCAACCAACUCUUGUAUACAUACGACAAGUAA